GUCGUGUGCUUGCGUGUUAUUAUACAGUAUGCCCGAGCUGCCGGAGCUGCACAUGGCAAGUUCCUUUGUGAACGCCGUCGGAAGGCAACACGUAUUCACUGGUAAAGUUUGCAAAUCGGAUGUUCACAGGAGUGAAGACCUCGCGUUUUCUUGUCCUCGCUACACCAUCACCAGCCAAGUGAGAGGCAAGGAAAUGAGCCUGAUUCUCACACCGCAGUCUACUAGCCGCCAAAGCGUUCGACUUUUGUUUCACAUGGGAAUGUCCGGGCAGUUUCAGUUCACGAAAUCGGACGAGCUGCACAAGCACGCUCAUUUGACAUUCUUUACAUUGCAGAAGCCUGUUAUGGCGCUGAGUUUUGUAGACGUCCGUCGGUUUGGGGGAUGGCAAGUUAAAGAAGGAUGGGGAGAUGACAGGGGACCUGAUCCUGUUGAUGAACACAAAGAAUUCAGGAAGAACAUUGAGGAGAACCUUGAGAAAUCUGUUUUCAACAAACCGAUUUGCGAAGUCAUGAUGGAUCAGAAAUACUUUAACGGCAUUGGCAAUUAUCUAAGAGCAGAAAUCUUGUUCAGGGCCAAUGUUCGACCUUUUGAAUGUGCACGAUCAGUACUCGAGUCUUUGUUUGGAAAUUCACAUGACAAGGAAGCACCAAAGAAGCAGUUGUGUAGGAAGAGAGCAACUGGAAAAGUGCAGAGGAGAAAACGUUUACAUGAAGCAGCAGAUUGUGAUUUUUUGCAGUUAUGCCAAGCUGUUCCACUAGAAGUCAUGGCUCUAGCAACCACACCUAGAGAUCGCACUGCAAGACUCCCAGAUGGACUCUUUCCUGAUCCAUUUGUAGGAACAGGCUACAACUCAUCUAACAAAGAAUUGAUUGCCGCAUUUGAAUCAUGGCUGAAAUGUUACUACAAACCUGGAAUGAAAAAUUUGAUUGAUCAUAGCGGUCGUACAGUAUGGUUCAAGGGUGAUCCGGGUCCUCUUGCUCCCAAAGCUCAGAAGUCUAGAGGUCGAAGGAAGAGGAAGUUGGAUAACGAUCAAAAGAUAAAAACUGAAGUGUCAAAGGCAGACAGUGAGGAAGAACUAAAGAAGCUUACAAAAACAGCAAAACGGGUUCGGAGAAAGUAGCUAAAGUUGUAUAUUUCAAACGCAGUAAGUUCACAGAGAAACAGAUUUAGUUAAGUUAAAAUUCUUCUUUAUUGAAGAGUUUAAAGAUUUUUUCGGUUGGUGGUUACCAGUAAAUUGGCAGUUGUAUGAUGGCUGCCAGCCAACAAGGCCGCGGCUCUCUAUAAAGAGCAAAUUACAUUAUGACAUCUGAUUGUAGUGACAUGAAGAACUAAGCAAGCUUUGUAGGAGUUAACAAAUUCAUCUGAAAAAUAUGUUUGCUCUGUAACAUGUGCAACUGCUAGCCGUUCUUGUUAUGCAGUAAACAACGGGUAGAUUUGGUUAUCAAGCACUUGUUUCUUUCCUACACAAUAUGCUUUGCAGC